GAGAAGGAUGGACAAUAGACUUUAAUCACUCAUGUGGCCAGAGUUGAGUGGCUGCCAAGCUCACUGCAUAUUAGACAGGCAACAGAAGAGCGUGCGCGCGUGCAUGCUUGUGUGUGUGUGUGUUUAUGUUAGUGAGUGCUUAAGGAAGCAGUGUGUGUUCGUCACACAGGCACCCACGCAGACGCACACACACUCUUCAGGGGAAGCCUGCGUCAGCUGCCUCACACGCUGCUUAGACUAACUCAGGGAUCUCUGCCACACACACUUGCUCAGGAAAACCCAGCAGGAGAGGAGACCCAGCACCGGCGGCGAAGUAAACAGACUUAUCCUGAGACGAACACACUGCGCACUACACACACACACUCUCUCUCUCUCUUGCUCACACACACCUACACACCCACACACAGACACACACAUACACAUACACACACACACAGGGAGCCGGUGCCACCGUUGGCCAAAUAUCACACCUCAGCCAGAGGGAAGAGUGAAGAGAGGAAAAGAGAUUGAGGGUCCGAGGAACUUGACCAGCGAUCCACCGUCACCGUCUGCCCGGUGCUGACCUGUUCCGCUGAUCUGCUCGCCCACCAGAGCACGUCUCACCAGGACCGCAGCCACCAGACCAGAACCACCACCAGAACCACCGGACCGGACCCACCUGCAGAACCAGAGCCUCUUCGCCACCCUGCCUUCCAGAGUAGAGUAUGUCCUGCCGGCUUGGCCACGGACCCAGCAGCGCCCGGUCCCAGGCAUGAUCUCCCACUACCCGCUGACCUCCCUGCUCCCCUGGACGCCCGUGCCCCACCUGGAGCUGGAUAAGGCCCUGCUGGACGGGGACGGAGGGGUGGCCCUGCAGAGGUACCAGCCUCGCUCCCCCGAGAGCAGCCCGCGACACUGGAGCUCAGUGCAGGACUGGGGCGAGGAGGUGGAGGAGGGGGCCAUCUACAAUGUGACGCUCAAGAGGGUGCAGAUCCAACAGGCGGCGAACAAGGGAGCGCGAUGGCUGGGGGCGGAGGGUGACCGCUUGCCCCCUGGCCACACGGUCAGUCAGCUCGAGACGUGUAAGAUCCGCAGCAUCCGCGCCGGUACUCUAGAGCGGCUGGUGGAGACGCUGCUGACCGCUUUCGGGGACAACGACCUGACCUACACCAGCAUCUUCCUGUCCACCUACCGCGCCUUCGCCAGCACACAGGCCGUGCUGGAGCUGCUGCUGGACAGGUACGGCAGUGUGGAGGACCGCGAGGGCGAGAGCAAUCCCAGCAGCCCCUGUGAGACGCGUGGAGCCGUCAGGAAUGCGCUGGCCUCCAUCUUGAGAGCCUGGCUGGACCAAUGUCCCGAGGACUUCCAGGAGCCGCCGGACUACCCGUGUCUGCAGCGCGUGCUGGACUUCCUGCAGAGGGCGUUGCCCGGUUCGGAGCCCCUGCGUCGCGCCCAGAGCCUGCUGGAGCAGCUGAGGAGUCAGGCCAGCCUGGACACGGAGACAGACGGAGGUUUCCAUGGAAACAGCUCGUUCUGCCUCGGGGAGGACUUGGACGUGGAGAUUGAGUUGCAAGAGGACUUCCUGUCCUUCGAGUCGGACCUGGUGGCCGAGCAGCUGACCUAUAUGGACGCACUGCUGUUUAAGAAGGUGGUGCCGCACCAUUGCCUGGGCUCCAUCUGGUCUCAGCGGGACAAGAAGCAGAACAAGCACAGCGCGCCCACCAUCCGCGCCACCAUCGCCCAGUUCAACGCCGUGACCGCCUGCGUGGUCAGCACCGUGCUCCGCCGGCGCCAAGUACGGCCGCACGCCCGCGCCCGCUGCAUCCAGCACUGGAUCGACAUCGCACAGGAGUGUCGCAUUCGCAAGAACUUCUCCUCUCUUCGAGCCAUCGUCUCAGCCCUGCAGUCCAACCCCAUCUACAGACUCAAGAGGACCUGGGCCUGUGUGCACAAGGACAGAAUGCAGAUAUUUGAGGAGCUGUCGGAAAUCUUCUCCGAUCACAACAACUACCUGACCAGCCGGGAGCUCCUGAUGAAGGAGGGCACGUCCAAGUUUGCCAGCCUGGACAGCUGUGCGAAGGAGCACCAGAAACGCUCCCAGAAGCGCCUGCAGCUGCAGAAGGAAAUGGGUGACAUGCAGGGGACAAUACCGUACCUUGGGACGUUCCUCACGGACCUGACCAUGCUGGACACAGCUUUGCCGGACUUUGUUGAGGGCGGCCUGAUCAACUUCGAGAAGAGGCGCAGGGAGUUUGAAGUGAUUGCUCAGAUAAAGCUGCUUCAGUCCGCCUGCAACAGUUACUGUCUGAAUUCCAACCAGGCGUUUCUGCACUGGUUCAGUAGUCAACCUCAGCUCACUGAGGAAGAGAGCUAUGGUCUGUCCUGUGAGAUUGAGGGGCUUGGAGACAGCAGUCCAACGUCACCCAAACCUCGCAAGAGCAUGGUGAAGAGGCUAAGUCUGCUAUUCCUGGGAACAGACACCACCACAUCGAAUUCCCCAGUCAGGGAAACACCACGCUCGCCCCCUACUGGAAGCUCAGGGGAAAGCAUGGACUCCGUGAGCGUGUCGUCCAGUGACUCCAGCCCCUCAGACAGUGAGGGAAUGACUCCCACACACUCCUCAGAUACCCAGCUAAAGAAGCUUUCAGAAUCCUCCUCCUGUACCUCACUGCACUCCAUGGACACGACUUCCUCCUCGGCCAGCAACCCCCUGAGCCUGGCGUCCCCCACCCAGCCCUCGGCGCCCCACUGCACCCACCGGCGCUCUGCCUCCCUCACCCCCCUGUCCCCCACCUCCCCCCUGCCCCCCGCCUACAACACCCAGGCCCAGGAUGCCUGCAUCAUCCGCGUCAGCUUGGAGCAAGGCAACGGCAACCUCUACAAGAGCAUCAUGCUGACCAGUCAGGAUAAGACCCCAGCGGUCAUCUCUAGAGCCAUGGCCAAGCACAACCUGGAGGAGGAACAAGCCGAUGAAUACGAGCUGGUGCAGGUCAUCUCGGAAGAGAGAGAGCUGGUGAUCCCUGACAACGCCAACGUGUUUUACGCCAUGAACACCUCAGUCAACUUCGACUUCCUGCUGCGCCUGCGCGGCUCGGAGGGCCGGGCGGUUCAGCUGCGCAGUCGCUGCAGCUCCACGCUCCCCCGCGCACAACAGCGCAGCAGCCUCUCGCUCCGCCUCAGCAAGGUCACCUUGUGACCCCCCUCCCCCCCUCCCCGGAGGUCGGAGGUCGGAGGAGACGGAUGGACCCAAGGGUGGUGUGUGAGGAGGUGUGGGUGGGAGUUUGGACCGUUUUAACUACAUAAGCUGGAGACGAAGGGUGGCAGAUACAGCCGAAGAUUGGAACUCUUUGAGGUGUGAUGGAGAUGCUGAGAUGUUUUUACUCUUAUCCCCCUUUAAGUAUGUCUGCCUGCACAAGCCUGCCUCUCUGCUCUGGCUCCCACACCCAGCUUCACCUCCUGCCCUGUAGUAGUCUGUGCCUUCCACAGCCGCCUUAGCGCUGGAACUCGCCCCCAUCAUGGACUGGAGGAUGCCCAGUUAGCCACUGGCCCCUGGAUGGACACGGCCCCGGAACAGGGUCAGGUCCGUUUUUGGUUCUGGCUAGCUGCUAUCUGGUUAGGUGAGCUGUGGAGGAGUUUAUGAGUGACCCCCCCUCCCUCUGUGGAGGUUGGCCAUGUGGGACUGCGGUGAAGCAUACAUAGUGGGGAGGUGGUGGGGGGUGAUGAAGACUCCUUCCAGUCACCUCUCCGGUCACGCCCUCCUUCCCAUGGUGGGCUGUUUUUGGUUUGCACAUGUGCAGGAGAAGCUUCCUGCUUACCGUCAGUAUUCUUCUGCUUUUUAAAAAAGAAAAAAAGAAAAGGAGACACUUCCCUCGUUCCUCCCCUCCCCCUCUCUUUCUCUUUCUCCCUCUUCUGUGAGCACCACAAGUCUGCCAUGAGCAUGGAGCACAAGCUGAAGAGGACCGACAGCAGAGAGAUGGAGGUAGAUGGAGAAGGAGACUAUUUUCACAUCUGUUGCCUUGAUGAUGAUGAUGAUGAUGAUGAUGAUGAGCUCAAGCAGGACACAUUUCAGAAAAGACUGAGCUCAGCUGUGCCUUGAGCGAUGAAGGCGGAGGAGAGCAGGAUGUUUCUAAAGAGACUGAACUCAAAUCUGUUGCCUUGAGCAAUGACGGUAAUGGAGGAGGAGAUGCUUCAGAAAAAAGACUGUCCUGAGAUCUGUUGCCCUGAGCGAUGGUGCAGAUGAGUGGAUGAACUCUCUCUCUCUCGUGUCCCUCUCAUAUUAGAAAGGGGAGCCUGAGGAACCCUGUGAUGAUGAUGAUGAUGAUGAUGAUGAUGAUGAUGAUGCCAUGUUGCUUGCCGUCCGCUCCGUUUGUGCACCAUGUGGACAAGCGCGGACCCGUGCCUCUCGUGUUUCCUGCGAGCUGUUUGACGAAUGCAGUGGAGAUUGUGUUCCGAUUGGUUCCUACUUGGUUAUAACAAGUCCCAUUCUUAAAUGUAUAUUCUUUUAUUUUCUCUCUCUCUCUAUUUCACCACUUUUUUGGGUGUUUGUCCUGUAUUAUGUUCUCCUAUGAAGGUUGUAGCAGUCACACCAGUUGUUGGUGGGAUGGAUUUAUAACUGGUAUCCUGGAACAAGACACCUGCCUGGGUUACCCAUCUGUAUCAGAGUUGCACUUGCCAGACAGACAAAAAGAGGCCGUGGGUAUUCCCUGCGAUCGCCCCCGGUCUUCCACUCAUUCUCACAGUAUGAAAGAAAUUGUAUUGUAUUAUAUAUAUAUAUAUAUAUAUAUUCUAUUCUUUGUUUUAGUUUUUUUAUGUCAUUUUGUAACACGCAGAGAAAGAAUUGUAAUUCUUAAGAGAGUGUGAGGAGAAUGAUGGGAUGUUUUUAAUUAGUCUCUUUUCGGUCAACCGAAGCCGUGUCAAAACAAUUAAUGAGAGUAUGCUGUGAAACAUGACCGGAAGCAGACAGUAGUGUUAUUCAGUGUGUGUGUAUUUCAAACACAUUUUCGGUGAAGAGGUUUCCUUGCCACACACACCUCCCCCUUACCACUCAAUGGAGUCCCUUAAUUCAAUGAAAUGGAGUCCCAUGGCGCUCACAACCUCUUGUCAUAACACUAAAUCACUUGUUCAACCACCCCCCACUCCCCUCCAAACAUACACACAGUGUUCUGUUUCUCUUACAGCAGUCAGUCAUUUCUCAGUGUCACUGACUCCCAGUGCACACACUCCAAUCCAAUGCUAUUCACCUCUAGCGUAUUAUAGUCCCUCCCCUCCCCCAGUGACUCUUGGAGCCCUUCAAGAACUCGAGACUGACACUAAUUCUGUUAUGUUUAUGUUGCUCUGCUGCCGCUGCCGCUGCUGCUGCUCUUGUUGACUGUGCCAUAUUCACACAGAUGCUUGCCUACCUGAUGUUUUCAUGCUAACUCGAGUAGCCUAGAGAUGCUGACAGUGACCCUUUCAGGCGCAUACCAUCUAUGUCUGCCUCUCAGCCAGCGCUUGGUGGAAGCAGUAAGGCUUCACUGGGCUGCACUGGAGUGAGGAGGAGAAGAGUCUUUACUGGGUCAUUGUCACGUGUUUGAUUCAAUGCAGCACUUGUGGAUUUUCCUCAAUUCUCUAUUUUGAGUCUUUUCUUCACUGCCAAAGAAUUCUCUAUCUACAAAUGUCAAUGAAUAAAUUAUUAUUAUUAUCAUUA